AUAAAUAAACAAAGAAAGCAAGCUAGAUUUUAAACUAGUUGUGUUUUUCAGAUUGAUUGCAGUUACACAUUGGAAUCGGGAGGUUGAUAGAGAAGAAAAAAAGAGAGAAAUGGAGAGAGAGAAAAUAAAGGGGCAAUGCUUCGCACGUUUCUAUGAUCGGAUGUACCUCUAACAACCCAACUUAAUGUCCUGUGAGAUCAAGUUAUGGCAUUUUUAUAUAAGUGUAGGGUGCGCCACAUGAAUAAAUGAUGCUUGUUUGAUAGCGUAGCGUAGCCUACUUGUUUGCGGAUUUUGAAGAGGAUCUCCCCUUCUCAAAGUGUUUUUUCAGCAGCGCGGGACAAUGUUCCCAUCCACAGACCCUGACUCACGGCUGUUCACGGCUGCUGCUUUCGGCAGUACUUUUUCUAUCACAUACAUAUAAAUUUUACCUUAUUAUCAACGGAAACCUAUACUUCAAAAUGCAUUCUCUUGUCGGUGUAUCGCAGAUUUUAGCCACUCUUCUCCUUCAAUUGCCACCUGCUCAGAAUUCUCCUCCGCCAGAUGAAGAUCCCUCGAGAGUCAUGCUGUUUCACGAGGUGUGGGGGAGGAGCCUGUGUCGCUCGAUGGAGAGAUCGGUAGACGUAGAACAGGAGUAUCCCGGAGGGGUGGAGCACAUCUACAGCCCUGCGUGCGUGCCCCUCUGGCGCUGCUCUGGUUGCUGUGGAGACGAAAACCUGGAGUGCACACCCACUCUCACCCGCAACGUCACCAUGCAGCUGUUGAGGAUAACUCCAUCUCAGAGGAAGAAGCAGUAUGUGGAGCUGACGUUUGUGGAGCAUCAGAUCUGUGAGUGCAGACCCAGACUGGUCCAAGUGAAUAAUAAAAGCCAUGUGUCAGGCAGGACCAGACCAAGAAGGAAGAAACACAGGAAGAGAGCCAAAGACUGUGGCAGGUGUCGUCGCCCACCUGGGUAGGAACAUCCUCAUCGCCUCACCUCAGGCCUCUGUCCAAUCAGAUUAACGUACGAGGCCACAAACAAGCCGGUCAGCAGAUAUACACCCAUUGUACCUCUCAGACACGAGAUACUUGAAGCGGUUGUCCGUUGUCGUUAACAGGGCACCAGAUACCCAUAGUUUCCAAAUCGUGUACCUAACUUUUUCUUCUUUUUUUUUUUUUACAUGGGCAUAUUUCAGAUAUCCACGUCCAAUUCUUUCCUUUCAUCUUAUAAUUGCUACCACAGUAGCCGGGUAGCUACUUCCAUGGACA